CCGCUAUCUCCGAUAAAACUUAUAUAGAUUCCCGCGAACAUCGGUUACUGCGACCAGUUGAUUGUACAGUGUCCCUAAUACUUAGAGCCAGCUCAAGAUAUAAGACUUAACCUACAGUACACAUACUCACAGUGUAAGUUAUUCACGUAGUACGUCCAAUUGGUCCAUCGAAUAUGUUGAGAGCAACGAGAUUAGGGCGCGUGCGCGUGUGUCGGACCGCAAUGGUGUGUAGACGAUUCACGUCUUCUGGCACAACUAAGAACAAUGCGCCGAGUUUGACUGAGAUCAAGAUGGUUGAGCCGGAUUUUGGAUUCAUCCAAUUGCACGAUGUUGUCUAUCCUGGCAAGAUGAUGACCUUGCAUGUAUUCGAGCCAAGGUAUAUGAAAAUGAUAUUCGAGGCGCAGAAGUACAAUGACGGUAUGUUCGGAUAUGCAGGGGUGAAUGUUAUGAAGAUCAAAGAAUUGCGAGCCAGCCAGUGGGCGGAUAAGGACCGAGGAAACGACGCGGAAGAAGAUGACACACGCGACGCUGUAGUGAAAGGGACAGUUUUAAAUGCCGACACAAGUGAAAGUGAAGUAGAUGCAAAGGCUGAUAAGGAGACCAAUGAGAAAGACUCGUCGGAAACGACCGAGCAGCUCAAAGAUACAGACAUCGAUACAACAGGCAACAAACAAGGCCAGUACAAAGUUAUACAAGUCUCGCGAGAUGAAACCCCCGAUUCUAAGGGGUCUGAUAUAGGGUCUACUCGUAGUACUAAAGUCGGUAUAGACAAUCCGAACGUCAAUGGAUUUUUGAAGGGCGACAACGGAGAUAGCUUUGGGCUACAGUCGACGCCUCUCCCAAUGGCCGAAUCGCCAGAUAAGGGCAGAGUUUCAAACAAACGAACACGGCAAUGGGAGAAGAAUGUGAUUGCGCGUUAUGUGAAGGCCACUUCCUAUGCUGAAAAGGCUGUCAGUGUGGACAAGGUCGCCUCGUUUGCCAAUCAGCUACGCGACUAUGAAUGGGGUGCUGAGCGCGAACAGCCACAGUGGCUGUGUUAUGAUGUAGGGGUGCUUAUGCAGAUUAAGCAGAUACAGCCCAUUCCAAACACGGAAACACUGCUUGUGCUUUGUGAAUGCAUUAUGCGCGUGCACAUCACCGACAAGGCUCCCACGACCUCGGGCUUUUGGCAGGCGAAGGUCAAGGCAAUACCCGAUAACAAGAAGAUAGAUGAGGACUCGAUACUCUCAACCGACACACCCGAACGGCCGUUGAAGAGCCACUGUGAAGGCAACUUGCUUCCCAACGCGCCCAUGGCCAAUUUCUCGGAUGACAGUCUUAGGAACGAAUCAGAUAUAAAGUAUUCAUCCCAUCUGGUUCACGAGGUGACGCAUCUGAUCUAUACCAACCUGUUAGCAAACAGUCACCAUCUGCAACACAGAUACUCCGUGGGCGUGAUCAAGGCCCUAGAAGAGCUUCGGCAAGUGCUUGAUACUGAAGACCCCACCAAACCACCGACGAUGGAGAACACGUUUGUUAACAGCUGGAUUUAUAAGGAUAGGGAUGUCGAGAGGACCAAAGCUGAGAUUGUGAGUCGUGUGGCGUGGUUCAUAGCCAACGUGGUAAGUGAGACCAAACGCUUGAACUCCGUCAACAAGCAGGCAAUUCUCGAGUGCACUGACCCCAUCACUCGGCUGGAGAUGGUCAAGGAUGUGUUAUCAAGAGAAAUUGGAGCGGGAGCCGCUGAGAGGGCGAAGACUGACGAUUCAUGAGCUCUCUCUGAGUUGUGAUGACUCAGCCGAAAGCGCGAAGACUGACGAUUCGUGAACUCUCGCUGACUUGUGAUGACUCAUCGAUGAGUCAUCUUUCCAGCGCUACUUGAUUGUGUCACUGUGCAGACUGACAGGCACACACACUCACACGUGGCCGUCCUACAACACGCAACGGAGCACAUCACACCACACGUUACCAUACCACACGUUACCACACCACAAGUGUCAACAUGGAUGGUUUCUCGAUAGCCCGGAUAAGAUCCAAUGGAAUGUACGUGUUGCAGCGGUGAUUCCCCCGCUUAUUGAAGUUUGAUUCAGUCGUGGCACGAGGCACUACGCACAUCAAUGUAGAGGCUUGAUGGAGAUGUACAACCCUUGGUCGCAGCCGUCGUGUGCGACUGUGUUGUUCACCUGCGCAGUUAUAUAUGAAGAAUGAGGUUAAGCGGCCUAUAGUGUUACUAUGGUGUGGUAUUCCGGGGUAUGAGAAAUCAGCUUAUGGAUGAGGUGUUUCCCCGUGGAUUAUAACCAGUUCCAUUCCUGUUUCUGAAAUGGCUCCUAUGGUCCCCUGUUAUGCGUCCCGUUGAGUUAUCGUCAUCAGUGGUGUGCGAUACGGCCCUCAUGCCCAGCGAUAUCGUGAGAGAAUUUCGGUACAUGUUGUUUCGUGCUCUUACAAGUUCUUCAUAGGUGGUGGCGGCAUGGUAACACACCGGUAUAUUAUACCUGAUUGACGGAAACUGACUGCCCUGAGCCAAACAUCCACAUACGGCUGUUCAGCAGCGAUUGCAACCGAGUUAGACGGACUGCCCGGAAGUAGGCAGUCUUUGCAGCCUCGACAGUGCUGGCACAUGACGUGGAUAAUCCAGGUGAACGAUACCACAUGGCUGGGGCUACAGGAUAGCCUUACCUUAGCUGACUGGAGAAGUGUUAGUCGUUUUGUUAUAUGCGAACUACGCACAGUGCAUGCGGGUUGGCGAAGCAGAUUUGUAUGCAAAACACUGGUCUGUAACUGACAACAAACGUAUCGGCCCGUAUUAGACCACAUAAUGCUUAUCUGGGAAUAUAGUCGGUGUACGCUAUUAGCUUCGCAACGCUCAUUCUCAUACCUGGUCGCUUAUUUUAACGCUAGAACCCAUACCUCAAGGCAUUUGGAAAAAGAAGAAAGCCUAUGCUUUAUCGAUCUAGUAUGUGUCCGCAGGAUAUUCCGCGCUGCCGAACUAGACGACGUCCCUUUUCCGGGCCACGUUUAUAGAUCGCGUACGAUCGUGAUGAAUUAUGAAUAUCAAAUAAACCUCAAAUAGAAGAGGCUUGCAGUGCCAGCCCUAUUUUGACAAUAAAUUACGUCCUUAC